UCGUCGCCUUCCCUUUCACUGAACUUCGGACGCAACUUCAGUCGCAGCCAUGGCACAGGUCGGGAAGGUCGCGUCACGCCUCGCUGGCCAGGUCCUCAGCCGGUCUUUCGCCCCGAGGACCACCGUCGCAGCGAGACGAGUUGGGACUACGAGCAAGCGUGAUGGAGAGCCCUCGGCUGACUCUCAGGAAGAGGUGGUGCCGUUCAGACCCACAACCUCCCAGGCUCCAACCAUGAUGGACAUUGGCACCAGGUCCAUCUUUAAUGAAGACCAUGACAUCUUCAGAAACUCUGUUAGAAAAUUCUUCAAUGAGGAAGUUCUGCCUUACCAUGCUCAGUGGGAAAAAGAGGGCCAGAUCUCUCGUGAAUGUUGGCUGAAGGCUGGUGAGCAGGGUCUUCUCGGAACUGACACUCCUGAUCAGUUUGGAGGCAUCGGGGGUGACUUCAAAGAUGCAGCUAUCAUUAUGGAGGAACAAUCGUAUGUCAACUGCUCAGGCCCAGGUUUUGCUCUUCACUCUCAGAUUGUGAUGCCAUACAUUACACACUAUGGUACCCAAGAGCAAAUUGACAAAUACAUCCCUGACAUGGUGGCUGGGAGGAAGAUCGGAGCCAUUGCCAUGACUGAACCAGGUGCCGGAAGUGACUUGCAAGGAGUCCGUACAAAUGCACGAAGGGAUGGUGAUGACUGGAUCCUGAAUGGCUCAAAGACUUUCAUCACCAAUGGCUACAUGAGUGAUGUGGUCCUUGUGGUAGCUGUGACCAACCCAAAUGCCAAGGCUGCAGCUCAUGGUAUUUCACUGUUUUUGGUGGACGAAGGGAUGGAAGGCUUCAGAAAGGGACGUAAACUUGAGAAAAUGGGCAUGAAGGCUCAGGAUACUGCUGAACUGUUCUUCGAUGAUGUACGUCUCCCGGCUUCUGCCCUCUUGGGAAAAGAGAACCAUGGCUUCUAUUACCUAAUGAAUGAACUUCCUCAGGAACGUCUUCUCAUUGGUAUUAUGUCUUGCGCCAAUGCUGAGUGGCAGUUUGAAGAAACCCGUGCCUACCUGCGCUCAAGAAAGGCCUUCGGAAAGACCCUCUCAAACCUCCAGACAAUUCAGCAUAAAUUAGCCGAGUUGAAGACUGAAGUCUGCGUUGCCCGUGCCUUUACCGAUCAGUGUAUUGACCUUCAUAAUAUAGGCAAGCUUGAUGGCAGCAUGGCUUCCAUGAACAAAUAUUGGAUGUCCGACCUGCAGAACCGCGUCGGCUACCAGUGCGUGCAGCUCCACGGCGGCUGGGGCUACAUGUGGGAGUACCCGAUCGCCAAGUCCUACGUCGACGCCAAGGUGCAGACCAUCUACGGCGGCUCCAACGAGAUCAUGAAGGAGCUCAUCGCCCGCCAGAUCGUGUCCGACAAGAGGGUCUAGAGGAGCCUGCGAUGCGACGGCCGAUAGCGAGGAUGAGGACGACAGUGGUUCAGCGCCGAGCGAGGCUGCGACGGGAUAUUCGCCCAAUUUAUACUUGAUAUCGUCUUGUGUAAUCCCCCCCCUCCCCCCUGGUGAGUCUUGUAGUUUUUCCCAAAGAAAUGACAAAACGAAAAACAAGGUGCUAUGUUGCCAGUUAUUACUAUAUCACUCUACAUCUUCCUUGCACUGAAACCUUGAACCUCUUCGAUCUUUCUUUUUAUUUUCUCUCGAGCACUUCAGCCACUGUGGUUUUUGCCUUCAAAACGACCAUGAAGCGGAGUUAUAAGAAGUGAAAUCCGGCCCGUUUGUCUAAAAAAAAAGAAAGAAAAAGUUCUAGCGAUUUUUAGAGACUUUUUUGCGUGACCCUUAGUAUCUGCACCAAAGUUUCAGGUCCUUUUUUCAGCUGAAAUAUCUGAAACUUUCGAGGAGCAGUGUCUUUAGGUUCAGUCAUCUGUAUAUAUCUAUAUUUUUUCAGAACACCACAAUGCAAUUAGUAUAUAAAACGUACUUAUAAAUGGUUAUUAGUUGUUAGUAAAUCCCAGUGGAUACCACUUUCCAGAUUUGAUUUUAUUGCCUUCAUACAAUUGGUUUUCCUCUUUCCUUUCCACAGAAAGAAGAAAGUGGAAUACUUUCACAAGUUUAUUAUUUCAAUGCAAGAUUCUUAUUGACAUGAAUAUCCAGCAAACACACUAUACUUACGUGAUUUUGCACUGCUUUCACUAUGUAGGGAAUGCCCGUGUACUGUUUUGCAGUUUACAGAGUUGUUGAUCAGAAUUAUUUUUAAAUGUACCAUAUUAAAGCUAGAUUAAGUGGAUUUGGAAGACAUACCAACAAUGCAUUAUUAGUUGAGGGAAAAUUAGAAAUUUGCUGUAUUCAGAUAUUGUAAUUUCAGUAAAUAAGACUUCAUAAA